AUGACUCGAGUCUCCAUCUACACAUCGGCCCUGGUAGCCUUUGCGGCCGCGACUGUCAUGAUUGUGACUUCGAUCUGGCUGCCCAACUGGGUCAGCUACUCCGUCACGACCGCUAGCGGCGAGACUGUCGAGAAGCACAUCGGCCUGCACAAGAGUUGUUCGACUCUGACCGAACCACAAUGCAUGGACUUUCCACCCAAGGAGUUGUGUCAAGGGGAGCGCUACUUUUGCUCUCUGUGGAGGACGGUUGGAUUCAUGGCUUCGUUCGCUACCAUUCUCUGUUUGGGAGGCUUGGUGACUUUCGUCGUCAUCAUGAGCGGUGGCAAGUACAAGCGAGAGACGGGAUGGCCUUUUGUUGGAAGCAUGAUGACUUUGGUCGCUAUUGUUGAAUUCAUCACCAUCUCCAUCGUUGCUUACCUUUACGAUAACGACGACCAAUUCACCAUCCCUGGAUGGAAUCUGGACGCCUCCUUCUAUCUGAGCACUGUCAGCGCCAUCAUCUGCCUCCUCGGUGCCGCAGGACUUGUCCUCUCAGCGUAUCUUCUUCCUCCCGAGGAGGGCUACGAUUUCUUGGCGGACCCGCUCGAUGCUUAA